GUAAGAGUUUUAAAUUUGGACCAUACACUUAUUCAACCAAAAAUACAUUAUAGGCCUCAUUUUAAAUCUUGCAAGUUCUUCUUUUAAAGCCCAAAAUAUCACUAGUAUUCCCAACAUUGGUCCAAAUUCCCCCAAACUAGUAGUGAAAAUUUUGUUCUUUUACUACAAAGCACUUGCAAGCAAAUGCUUCCUCUUUCGUUCGGUGGAAUUGCGAAGCCAUUUUCGGGGCGGAUCAGUGUAAAGUGUGAGUAUACUAUACCUUUGAGAACAACAAUAAAUAACCCUUCAGAUUCCAUGGCUUCACCAAAAUGGGCUCAGAAAACUGUAACUCUUCCUCCUCAAAGGCGAGGUUGUCAUCUUGUUACUUCCAAGAUUAUGAAGGAAAUUGGUCAAGAGAUGUCAGGCUUCAAAUGUGGCCUUGCUCAUUUUUUCCUGCAGCAUACAAGUGCUUCUUUAACUAUAAAUGAAAAUUAUGACUCGGAUGUUCGAGAUGAUACAGAGACAUUUCUUAGUAGGGUUGUCCCAGAGGGGACAUCUGCGCCAUGGAAACAUACUCUUGAGGGGCCAGAUGACAUGCCUGCACAUAUUAAGUCAUCGAUGUUUGGCUGCAACCUCACGAUACCAAUCACAGAUGGAAAGCUAAACAUGGGAACCUGGCAGGGCUUAUGGUUGUGUGAGCAUCGUGAUUCGGCUACCCCACGUAGAAUUGUGAUCACCCUGAAUGGCAUCUGAAGCCGCUAAAGUGAAGUGUUAAAGAAGUUCAACGAGCUACCAACGUCUUAUCUGAAAUCGUCAUAUGUAAUACCUAUUACACUGUCCUUGGGUGUGAUGUUUUUCUAGUCCAUUUUAGUUUAUAAUGAUAUGGAAGUGAUGAAAGCCUCUUGGCCAUUUCUGUUGUACACCUACUAUGUUGUUUCUGUGUCCCAUUUUCUUUAUGACCAAUGUAUUUCCAUUUACUCAAAUAUUCCACAAUUUUAUCCUUGUCAAUGAAGUGGGUUGAGAACCA